AUGGGUAACAUAUGCAGCCAAGCUCCUGUAGCUCCACAGCCAACUAUAACAGUACAUCGAAGGAUUUUAUCAGCCGCUGACAUCAUCCCUUCUCCUAUGAAUUUUGUUCAAGAAAAUCCUCUGUCUUUCUUUUCAAUCUAUCGAUUACAAUCAAAUCCAAUUGGAUCUGGAAUGUAUGGAGAGAUCCGUCUUUGCGAGCAUCUCAGAACUGGCGACGUUAGAGCUGUAAAAAUCAUUACAAUAAUAAAAUGGCAUUCGGUUCGAGAGAAAUUAGCUUUGCUAAUUUUCUCUCCCUCAUGGAAUUUUAUUAUUAGGGUUAGGUUUUCACUCGCGAACUUCUGGACAGCAACAGCGGUUUAACUUUGGGGAUAACCAAAGGAACCACUCCUCAGUCCACUCAAGAUCUCGGGCUUUUACCUCUCAGCACAUCCCCACGGGAGGAUGACCCUUAGGCGGAACACGCGCAGGAGCUGAGUCGAGCGACAAGGGCGACGGCAACGCGCCGGGUGAGACGUGCAGCAAGGCCGGUGAAGCAGGAGUUGAUAGAAGGCUUGGACGGGGCUGACCCGUGCCAAGAUGGCUCGCCUACGUCAUCAGUUUUGCCAUAGGCCCUUUUGGGCUGCGGCACUAGACACCUUAAACACCAGAUAAUUAAGUAAGUAAGUAAGUAAAAAAUCAUUACAAAGGCAGGGCUACCUCAAUCUGUUAUAGAAAACCGCAGUGUUUUAAAUGAAGUUAAUAUCAUGAAAACUCUAGAUCAUCCAAACAUUUUGCGAAUUUUUGAAUAUUUCGAGGAUUACAUUAGUGCUGGAUGUUAAAAGUCUCGUUUUCAACAGGUCGCGCUCUGUCUUCGGAAAAGCCAACUGAUGGCACAAGUGAAUUGGGGUGGCUUCCCAAUGGUAACUCUGAGCCCAAGCCAAAAGCCCUGGCUUCGGUAGCGGCUUUUCCAUCUUAUUUCGAGGACCUUUGCCGAAAACGACAUUUCUAUUCAGUCCCUUGGCGUCUAAUAACUCCACCCUGCCAGCGUCGCUCCUCUGAUUAGGAGCCCUUUAACUGAAGGGAUGCUUUGUUUGCCAAUCUGCCUAUCCAUUUCCAUACUAUCCCUAAAAAAUACUCAAUCGCUUCUGCAAUUCGGGGAAGGCCACCAUAGCAGCUUUUUGUAACACUACUGGCUGGAUGCUGCUGAAAAAAGAUUUCACAAGUAACUAUCCAUUGGGCUAUAGGUGUUUUCCCUAUAUAGCCCGAUAAGGGCCGUGGCUCCGUGGAAUCCCUCUGCUGGUUGAACCAACCAGUGAAUUGGUCAAACCAACGCACUGAGUUGGUUUGACCAACAGAGGGAUUCCACGGAGAACCCACGGCCCUUAUCGGGCUAUAUAGGAAAAACCCCUAUAGAUAGGAAAGGAUCUCUGUGCUUAAGGUUUCCAAUAUUGCUGGGCUAGCUCCUGACUUUUAAAAUCAUGUCUGGAUAUACAUGGUUAACCGACACUGAGAGGAUGCCAUUUUAUGUUUACAAUACUUUGAGGAUAAAAGCAACUACUAUUUGGUUAUGGAAUACUGCAAAGGAGGGGAUUUAUUUGAUAAAGUGGUUAGUUUGACGAAAUUUACGGAAAAACAAGCAGCAAGGAUUAUGGAGCAGAUUUUUUCUGGGCUGCAAUAUUUGCACAAUAAUGGAGUUACUCAUAGAGAUAUGAAGCCAGAAAAUAUUGUGAUUAUGGAUACGAAUUCUGAUGAAGAGUUAAAUAUAAAAAUCAUUGAUUUUGACACAGCAACAUUUUUCACCGUGAAUGGGCAGAUACAAGGCUAUUUUGGGACUCCAUGCUAUAUGGCUCCUGAAGUUUUCAAAGGAAAGUAUAAUGAGAAGUGUGACUUAUGAAGUUGUGGGGUUAUUUUAUAUAUUUUAUUGUCAGGCAGUGCUCCAUUUAAUGGAAAUGAUGACGAUACUAUAAUGAAAGAAAUCAAAUUGGGAAGAUAUGAAAUGUCUGGCGAAAUCUGAAAUGCCAUAUCUGAUGACGCAAAGGAUUUAAUAUCCAAGCUUCUUGUAAAAAAUAAAGCUAAGCGGUUAAGUGCAGCUGAAGCUUAUAAUCAUCACUGAUGCCAAAAAUUCCACGCAGAAAAUAUCAAAUCUGUAGAUAUCACAUAUUCAUUAGGUCGUAUAAAAGCCUUCACUCCCCCCUUUUAAAUUGGAACCCAAAAUCCUAUUUAAAAUUUUAAGAAAUAUAUAAAUUGAGUCCAGUAUUUUUAAAAUUUUAAUUUAUUUUAUGAAAGAAUUAUUUCAAAAAAUUAUAUUUGAACUUUUCCAUUUAAAUUAGGUCAAAACUAACUAUAAAAAUUCACAUUUUACCUAUAAAAUUUCUAUUGAAGAAAAAAAUUUUUCCAAUUUAAAGGUGUUUAAGUACUAAAAAAAAUGAGAAUUUACAUAUGUUUAAUUCCAAUUUAAAGGGGGGGGAGUCAGAGACUCUUCAAAACUAAAGCAAGCAGUCCAGACCUUUAUCUUGAGCCAAGUUAUGUCUCCAUCUGAACUCGAUAAAUACAAAAACGCAUUUAAUGCUAUGGAUGCCAAUGGAGAUGGGGUAAUUUCAAGAGAAGAGCUCUUUAACCAGCUGAAAACUUCAAUGACCGAAAAUGAAGCGCAUAUGGAAUCGGACAGAAUCAUGAGGCUUGUGGAUUCUAACAAUAACGGAGUUAUUGACUAUACAGAAUUCUUAAGAGCGACAGUUGAAAAAAGAAAAAUGCUUACAAAAGAAAAUUUGCAUAAGGCUUUUGUUAUGUUCGAUAAAGAUGAAUCUGGGGUAAUUGAAAUUAACGAAUUAAAGGAGUGGCUAGUAGGAGAUGCACAUAUAGAUGAAAAUAUAAUAAAAGAACUAAUGAAGGAGUUCGAUAAAAAUUCUGAUGGAUGUAUCGAUCUAUCAGAAUUCGAAGAAUUAGUUCAUAGCGUUAGCAAUAAUUAA